UCUCAUAGUCAUUGUAUAUUCAGCUACUUUGAAUACGCACCAAGCAUCAUGUCUACCUUCGCUUUCCUCCUCCUCUGCGUCCAGGCUUGCUUGGUUCAGAAUGUAUACAGCCAGUACAUCGGUGGUCCUCUUGGAUGUGGAUGUGAAGCCGGUCUGGCUGGACCCCUUGGCUACGGCCGAGGCUUUGGCAUCGAUGGUUUCGGCUAUGAAGCCGGUCUCAUUGGCCCCGCUGGUUACGGUGCUCCAUAUGGUGCUGCCUACGGAGGUGCCGGUGUCGGUGAUGUAGCUGUAGCUGGUGAGAUGGGCGUCGCUGGUAACACCCUGGUCGCUGGUCAAGUGCCGAUCCUCGGUGCCGUCGAGUUCGGAGGCAUCGUGCCAGCUGCUGGAGCUGUCUCCAUCGCUGGUAGCUGCGGCUGCGGCUGCGGUGGUGGUUACAUCUACUGAGAAACAUACUGACUUCAUCGACGCGAAAAUGUUUUCUGAAAAAAAUUAAACGAUGUUUCGCUGUAAA